GUUACAACGUCAAACCAAUCGUUCAAACCUUUGGCUAAGUGUUUUUGACAAGUAAGAAUAUUGAAAUUGUUAAGUUUUAUUACUGUUUUUUUUAUAUAAAUUUUUAUUAUUUUCGCAAAAACAUGUACACGUUUGUUAAUUUCUUUUCUCAAAGUUUUUACCAAACAAAUUCUACUCUCACUCCACCUCCUUCACCAACCACUGCUUCCACUUUACAACACGAAUGUAAUAUUUGUAAGACUUCAUUCAAAAGUCAGUCUGGAUUAACGCGUCAUAACACUAUUGUACAAAAAUACAAUACAAGGCGCGAAGGAUUGUACGAAUUACCUCUGGAGGCAAUAAAAGAGUUCAAGGCACAGCUUGUUCAUAUUAUUCAAGGUAAACUAAAAGGACAUUUUUCUCAGUCGGGUAAACAAACUAUUUAUUUACCUUGUCUGGAAAGCUUAUUUUUUGGAGUAUUUGAAGGUUAUAUUCAUUAUUAUAGCGUUCGGACUGGUAGUUAUAAGUGUUAUUUCCAAGGUCCAGACGCAUAUACACAAAUAGCUAAUUUAUUUGAUAAUCCAAAUUGGGGGCGUAAAUUUUUUGAUAAUAAUCAACAAACUUUUGUUGUAUUAUUUGAUGCACUAGCUGAAUCAGACGCUAAUCAAGAAAGUCUCUUUAAUCAAGUUGGUAAUUGGAUUCCAAAAAAUAGGUUAAAAAGAUUUAAUUUACCUAAAUUAACAGUUGAGUGGAAAUAUAAGAAAAGUAGGGAAGAUGCAAAAAAAAAUAGAACAUCAGCAGGAUAUAUUAGUUUAAGAUUUUGUGCACAACAAAUAUAAAUAUAUAUACUUAUAGAAAAUAUUAACAAAAAUUUGUAGAAUUUAUUAUGUAUCAUAUUUACAAUUUACAUAAAUAAAACAGUUUGUAUAUACACGGAUUUUUAAUU